AUGCGUCCUCUAUCACUAUGCAGCCACAGGAGAACCCUCCUCAGGUGUAUUUCACCACGUAGUCGCCAUCUCACAACGCUCGCCAUUGAAACAUCAUGUGAUGAUACAGGCGUUGCUGUCCUUCGCCAUACACCAAAAUCCACAGAACUUCUCUUCAACGAGCGCAUAUCCUCGGACAACCGCGCUUUCAGAGGAAUACAUCCCCUUGUAGCAGCGAAGGGUCACAGUGCAGCUUUAGCACCGCUCGUUCACCGUGCUUUGGAUGCUCUACCGGCGGCAGAAGAUGGAGAGGAUAAGAGGAUCUGCUACGCUAGUGGCGUAAGAAAACAGAUCCCAGACUUUGUCUCUGUUACUCGUGGACCUGGAAUGCGUUCGAAUUUGGGAAUUGGAUUGGAUAUGGCAAAGGGACUGGCUGUUGCUUGGGGCGUACCGUUGGUGGGCGUUCAUCACAUGCAGGCCCAUGCUCUUACUCCACGACUGGCGAGAGCUUUGGGAAUGAGCAUGGGAGAAGAAGAAGAGUCUAAAGAAGGACCAGGGUUUCCAUUUCUCUCUCUUCUGGUAUCAGGGGGCCAUACUCAGCUCGUUCACUCGACAGGUCUCACGGAACACUCUAUUCUCGCGACGAGCGGCGAUAUUGCCAUUGGAAACCUUCUGGACCAGACAGCUCGUGAUAUCUUACCUCCAGAGAUAUUUGAUGCGAGCGAGCAUGUCAUGUACGGUCGUCUCCUAGAAGCCUUUGCUUUCCCACCCAACACCGACACAACUUCCGCCUACAAAGCUGUCUUUACACCACCAGCUUCUCGUUCCGCAGAGAUGAACCCCCCAGCCACAGGCUAUGACUGGAAUAUCCCUACGCCGUUUCGACAAACUCGCAAGCUCGCAUUCUCCUUUAGCAGCAUCUAUACGCACGUGCACGAACUUGCAACGUCACGCCCUUCCAUGUCCAUCCCUGAACGCCGUGCGCUGGCACAACAUACUAUGAUGGCAGCUUUCACACACCUCGCAGGACGAUUAUGUAUCGCUCUCGAUGACAAGCCUGAGCUACGAACUGCCAAAACCCUCGUGGUGGCAGGUGGCGUUGCAAGCAAUAAGUUCCUCAUGCACGUUCUACGGUCCAUGUUGGCCGUCAGAGGCUACGACAAAAUGCAGAUUGUUGCGCCGCCUGUGGAGUUGUGUACCGACAACGCGGCCAUGAUAGCCUGGACGGGUAUGGAAAUGUUUCAGGCUGGCUACGAGUCUGAACUGAACAUCACGGGGAUUGGAAAGUGGCCCAUGGACCCUGAGAUUGGGGAGGGGAUAUUGGGCGUUGAUGGUUGGGUGAAGAGAGACUGA